AUGGACUCGUCUGCUCUGAUCCUGCUCCUGCUGCUGGGUCUGUGCGGCGUACACGGUCAGAGCUGUCAGGGCAGAUGUGGCUCCGUCGGCCUGUGCUCCUGUGAGCCGACCUGUGAGUCUCUGAGGAACUGCUGCCCCGACUACAGAAACUUUUGCCUCCAGACUCAGCCUUAUUCCGGAUCCAUCUUUGGAGGCAAAGACUUCCUCAUUCUGCACGCAACCUUCACCAAGAUCGACAGCAUCGUCUGCAGAUUUGGAGGCAGUAUUGACACCGUGGGCUUCGUGGAUGAGUCCAGUCGGGCUCACUGUGUCUCUCCGCUCCUUUACCGAACAGGAUGGGUUCCUUUCACCGUCUCCAACGACAACGGCACCAGUUUCCCCAGAGCCGGCAGAUGGCUCGCAGUCCACACAGGGAAGCUUGACUCGAAGCUGAAGGCAGUUCUGGUCAAUGCCACCAGAUGGCAGUAUUACGGCACACCAGGAGUGACUGGAGCUCUGCAGAUGACCUGGGACCCCUCCAUGGUCCAGGGUCACAGCGUCAACGUAGAGCUGUGGGGGUACAGAGAGACCGGGGUGGCCUACUCCAAUGACUGGGAGGCCGAGUGGAAGUAUCUCUACACUCUUUGUAAGCUUCAUCCCAACAACGGCUCGUUCAGCUUCGUGCCUGUUCCCGCAACCGCAGCCGCCCCAGACGUGUGGGAGCUCGGGAUGCUGCGUAUCAGCUCUAGCGAGCAUAAGGAUGGAGAGUGGAAUGUAGAAUCCAUCUGGACCGAGGACCACGCUCUGGCCUGGCAGCUGGACGAGUCGUUCAGAGCAGAUUCUGCAUCCUGGGCGGAGGAGAAGUGUCUAGCCUGGGACCAGUACGAGAAUAAUCUACCAAACUUCCUCCAGGAGAUCGUCGACUGUCCCUGUACGCUAGCUCAGGCCCGCGCAGAUACCGGCCGCUACCAUACGGACUACGGCUGUGACAUAGAGAAAGGCAGUGUCUGCACCUACCACCCUGGGAGUGUCCACUGCGUCAGAGCCAUCCAGGCCAGCCCUAAGUACGCAGCUGGACAGCAGUGUUGCUAUGACGACAGAGGCGCUCAGGUCCUGACCGGAGACUCUAUCGGGGGCAGCACUCCGGACCGAGCCCACGACUGGGGCUCGCCUCCGUACCAGAGACCCCCCCGCGUCCCGGGACAGUCCCACUGGGUUUACGACGUCCUGAGUUUCUACUAUUGCUGCCUCUGGUCCGACAACUGCAGCUACUACUUCAAACACCGUCCGUCCAGCGGCUGCGUGAAGUACGAUACUCCCAAAUCAGCUGUGGUGUUUGGAGACCCUCACUUCCUCACCUUUGAUGGUCUCAGUUACUCGUUCAAUGGAAAAGGAGAGUACACUCUGGUCUUUGCAGAGUCCCACAACCUCACGAUCCAAGGCCGGACUGAACCGGUCUCAGACAGGAUCAAAGCCACGAAGGUGACGGCGGUGGCCAUGAGAGAAACCUCCUCCGAUGUCAUUGAGGUGCGGAUGGUCGGAGAUCCCAAACAUCUGGAGGUUCUGCAGAAUCAGGAAAAACUAUCGUUCUCCGAGCAGAGCUGGAUGGACCUGCACGGGGUCCUUGUGUUCUCUCCCGUCUCCACCAACGUGACCGUGAUGUUUCCCAGCGGCGCCGGCGUGGAGGUGCGUCUCCGUGGCGAUAACAUGGCAACCACGGUGCUCGUGCCGCAGGAGUUCUUUAACAAAACGCUGGGGCUGAUGGGAAAACUGAACGGAAACUCCAUCGAUGACCUCACGCUUCCCAACGGUCACAGCGUACACAACCUCAGCAACCCAGAAGAAGUAUUCAACUUUGGAGCUAACUGGUCCAUAUCUGCGGAGUCGUCCUUGUUCACGUAUGACUCUGAGUAUCUGGAAACUGAAUACAAGAACGCUCCCAAACACGACCAAAGCUUUGUUCCAGAUUUUUAUGUUCCUGAAAACCCGAGCGAUCCACUCCUGAACCAGGCCAUUCAGAUCUGUGCCGGGGAGGGCUCCCAGUUCUGCAGAUACGAUGUUCUCGUUGGUCGCAGUUUGUCGCUGGGAAACUCCUCAAAACUCUUAUUUCAAAGCCACAUGUCUCUGGUGGAGGACCUGAAACCAGUGGUGUCCUGUGGGUUUCUCUCGCCUCCGACCAACGGGAUGAAGAAUGGCACCACAUACAUCCAGGGCUCGAGGAUUCUGCUGAGGUGUGAGGAGGGGUUCGACCUCCAGGGGGCGACAGAGAGAGUGUGUCGGUCGGAUGGACACUGGUCCGGAGAGGACACCGUCUGCACCAAGACGAGUAACGUUGCUGGUAUCGUAGCUGGUUCUGUGAUCGGGGCCCUCGCUCUGAUGGUCCUCAUUACGUCCAUCGUCCUCUACUCCCGGAAACACAGGAAACCCUCCGGAGUCCCAGAGGAGAGAACAUCAAACUUGUGA